GAGAGAGAGAGAAUGGGGGGAAAAGAGAGAGGUAUAUAUCUACCGCAGACCGUCUGGCUACUAGUACAUGACACGUCCGCCGUCCGGGGUUCCACGUGGACUCUGUUAUUGAACAAAACUGAGCCAGUUGACUUUGCCGCUGCGCAGUGCAGACUGAGACUGAGAGGGCGGUCUAACAUUGUAUGAUCCACCCGCUAUGAAUUGGAAUCUAGAAGUCACAACAGAACAGCGACCGUACAAUGCUUCUGUCUGUUUACACAUCUGAAAUGCCGACGGGUAUGUUGGUUACAGGUGUGCUGUCUCUCAUACUGCUGGCGCCCCACAGUUUGUGUGCGCCGCAGGUAACUGGCUCUCAAAGGGAGGAGUCCGAAACUCCGCCCCCACUAGCCAAUCCUUUUGGGUCUGGGGAGGAGAACCGCGAACUGCUGCAGAAAUACAUCAAGGGCAGUGUGAAGCAGGGCCAGCCAGAGCCUGUUCUCAACACCUGGGAUCAAGAGGUGUUCUUCCUGUUUUCUCUCCAUGACUACGACCGCAGCGGUCACAUGGAUGGCUUGGAAUUGAUGAAGCUCAUUUCAGACUACAACAUCCACAAGGCACCAGGCACACUGUCAGCUGAUACGGUGGUGUCCAUGGUAGAUUUCCUCCUGCAGACUCGGGAUCUAAACCAGGAUGGCCUUUUGGCACCCUCCGAGCUUCUCUCCCCUCCCAUACCCCAACAGGACUCCAAUUCCCACAAUGCACCUCUCUUACAGGAACCAGUAGGAGACCAGGAACCACACCAGGAAGAGGUAGAACCGCAGCAGAAACAGGAAGAUCAGCCAAUGGAGCAGGAAGAACUACAAAUCCCAGAGGCUCCUGCAGAACUGGAGCAGGAAGAACUACAAAUCCCAGAGGCUCCUGCAGAACUGGAGCAGGGGAACGGUGCCCAAGUGCACCUUGGACAGCCUGAGAUGUGAACAGACAGUCUCAUGAAGAGCCACAGUUUUACAACACACACACACACACACACGUACUGUACUAUAGUAACAAACAAAAGAAAUCACUCCAAAAGACUUACCUUGGACUGAUAGAUUGGUAUACACAGUCACACACAGACACACCAUACUCUGACCCCUAAUAGCAAUCAGUCCAGUCUACAGGAUUACACAACACUAUUUCUCAUCCUUUACAGUUGCUUUUAACUUUUUUCCCCUGAUUUUUAUCAAAUGCUUUUCUUUGAAUUUCAAGGUACUCUCGUGUAACCUUCUAUCACAUCUGACGUCUCAGUGGUGUGGUAUUGAUGCUGCUGUUGACAGCCGCUCCAGGUCUGCACCUUGAGAUCUCCUUAUGGGGCUGAGAAGUGCAAGACAUUCCCAGACGAUUAUGCAAUAACCAUUUGCUGAAACCAACUAAAGAAGCCAUACAUUAUCCUUAUGGAAUAUACGAUAUGCUGAUGUCAGAACGCAGCAAAAUCAAGUUUCUCCCGAUGACCCCCGAUUGAAAAAAAAAACGUCUGCCUGAUUUUUACAUCCAACAGCAAAGGCCUAUGGCAUUUCACUGACCUGAGUAGAGGCUCAGUCUGCAACACCAGGGUCGUUGGAAAAUUUAAAAAAGGUUUUAACCCGUCAAAAGAUGACUGAAUCUGCCUGGCUCAAACCUUUGCUUAUGCAACAGUCCAGUCUGAUGAUUCUGGCAUUGCACAUCCACCUGCAGAGUCUUGGAAAUACAAGGCUUCCCUACUACGCUAGGAAAAUGUAACAAAUGUAAAUGCCAGACCACAUGCAACGUCAUGUAAUUUCACGUUACCCGUGUUGAUUUUUCUAAGAAUCUGGAAUUCAGUGUUUUUGUUGUACAUUUCCUGAGUGAAGGUUUGUAUAUUUUUAAUAAAGCAGCUGCGCCAUUGUUA